AGUCACCCUCUGACCGUCCCAGUUGUGGUGUGUCGCUCUUCCCGCGGACCCUACACGUGGUGGUGCCCGACUUAGUCCCCGCUACACUCAGCCGGCCUGGUGUUGCGAUUGACCACUGACUACACUUAACGUUUUGGUGUCGCGCCGCUGCUGGACAAGUAUUCCCAUCAUGGCUAGCGUGCAACUUCUCACCUACUGCCUUGCCCUCCUGCUGCUCUGCCCCGACUCCAUGGGCGUCACCUGGAACUGGGAGCAGUGGUGGACCUACGAUGGCAUUUCAGGACCCGACUUCUGGGGGCUUAUCAAUCCGGACUGGAGCCUGUGUAGCAAAGGCCGCCGCCAGUCCCCCAUAGACGUGGAUCCCGCCCGCCUCCUGUACGACCCCAACCUCCGCCUCCUGCACAUCGACAAGCAUAAGGUGUCCGGUUACCUGGAGAACACUGGUCAUAGCGUGGUACUCACCCUGGACGGCGGCAAGACCCCUGUGAACGUGACUGGCGGGCCGCUCUCCUACAGGUACCAGCUGACAGAGGCUCACCUACGCUACGGCAUCGUGGACCUGCUGGGCUCCGAACACACCAUCAACGGCAGGGCUUUCCCGGCAGAGCUCCAGCUCUUCGGUUUCAACUCUCAACUCUACGCCAACUUCUCCCAAGCGCUGGACAAGGCUUACGGCAUCGUGGGCAUCUCCAUCCUCCUUCAGAUCGGCGAAAGGUCCAACCCCGCCCUGAGCCAGCUGACCGCAGGCGUCAACCAGAUCAAAUAUGUUGGUGACAAGUACAGCGUGCGUCACCUGAGCGUGCACGACCUCCUGCCCAGCACCACCUACUACAUGACCUACGAGGGAUCCACCACCAUGCCAGCCUGCCACGAGACCGUCACGUGGGUCAUCUCCAACAAGCCCAUCUACAUCACCAAGCAGCAGCUGCACGGUCUGAGACAGCUGCACCAGGGCACGGACCCCAAGCAGGCCGGUGCUCCCCUCGCCAACAACUUCAGGCCGCCACAGAAGCUCCACCACCGUCCAGUCCGCACUAACAUUGAUUUCACCAACGCGGGAGGAAACUGCCCCACAAUGCACCGCGAGGCGUACUACAAAGCUCACAACUUUACUGUCGAGCACCGGACCCCGCUGACCAGCCAACACCUGGACGCAGAGUUAGCUCGCUUCCUCUGCACCCGAAGUGAGAACCAUUAAAUACUCAGCACCAAAGGACGCCGCUACAGCACCCUAAGCCAGCGCCACCUGCACCACAUCACAAGCAUCUCCAUCUCUCGUCGCCCGUUAAGUGCCACGCCCCCCACCGCGCCCCGUGAAGAAUGUCCACGUAUCCUUUGUGAGUGUGCCCCGCACCUGGACGUCUGGAGGAGCAAGAUUGCCGAGCGAGAGGCGGUGAAGCAGGAAAAACACGGGAAUGUGGCGAGAAAAGUGUUUGUUAACGUGCUUGUGAAGUGAAGUGAGGUGAGGGGGCGUGAAUGUCGUGCACUCAGAAGUGGAGGUGGUGGUGGCAUGCUGGUGUCGUGAGGCAUGAGGCGGUGGCGUGUCGGCGCUGUGAGUUGUGACGUAAUGGUGCGUUGGUGCUGUGAACUCAAGAGGCCUCUCGAGACCCACUAGAAUUUUACCGUCUCGCGCGCUGCUUUCUUGCUGCACUUUAAGAAUCGGUUUUCUCUUCGCAAUUCGACUCCUUCUCUCUCCGCCUCGCAAGUGUCUGCUGCCUGGGGGCGUCCCUCAAGGUGUCCAGCGGCCCCCCAGGAGUCAAGGCUUCAGCGGAACGGGACGUAAGAAGAAAAGAACAAGAUCCAACUGUGUCGCCGCUGCCUCGCCACUGAAGACGCUCCUGUCGCCACGUCUUGCAGCGAGCGGCCUACACGUGACGACAAAAGGUCAACAGUCAUCACACACUCACUGCUGUACUAUUGACGUCAUGAGUACUGACGUAACCAGCUGUGACGUCAGUGGAGAGAUUGUCUAGUGCAGCGCCAUCGACGAGUGAAAUAUACAACAAAAAGCUAAACACGAUCUUCAGUGAUAUGAUAAAUUACAAACAGGAAACUGACAAAAAAAAGAACUUCCUUAAAAAAAAAAAAUAAUAAGAAAGCCAGUGUACAUAAGUUGUAAUUAGGUAUAAAAGAUAAAGACAAAGAGAGAGAGAGAUAUAUAUAUAUGACUUUUAUAAAACUGCCGAUAGAAUGUAUAGUGUUUACGUGCGAAUCUGUGACGGGGACGAGGAACAUGCAGCGAAUGUGUUUUGUAUGUGAAGAGAGUGCGUGGUGACAGACUCGGGUGGCGAUUGAAUGACUGACUGACUGUCUGGCUGGCUGUUCGUAAACCACUUGAUGUGUAACUUAAUUUGUGUUCCGCUGAAUUUUUUGUGUUGCGAAAAGCUGCACCUGUGUGUGUGUGUGUGUGUGUGUGUGUGUGUGUGUGUGUGUGAACGGCGUCGCAGGGCUGGUCCCGCGGCGCCCUCACCAUAGCGUCUUACGUAGAGUAUAGCGAAGUGCGUUGUGUUUGUAUUAGCGGGGCAGCGUGGAGACCAUAGCGGAGGACAAAAUGUAAGAAGACACGUGGGAAGAAAGUUAAUCUUAUGAGAAGAAAUGUAGAGGAAAAAAAGGAAAAGAUGGAAAAAAAUGAGAAUCUAAGAAAAAAAAAAAAGAAGAGGUGGAGUAAGAGGAGGAAAACGUGAAUGAAGACAAGGAGAAGGAAAAAAAAGAAAGCAAGAACAAAAAAAAGGAAGACAGAAGACCAAGAAUAAACAAAAACAGAAACACAACACUCCAGAUUUCAAUCACAACUAAAGAGAACUUUCAAUUCAUUACUAAACCUUUGCCUAACUCAUCACACUCCAGAGAAGACUCAUGAAAACCAACGAUGAGUACGUAUAUUCAUCACUUUACUCUCUAUGAACGUCCCUGACACCAGUCCCUGCCUGUCUGUCUAUCUGUCUGUUCUUGGAUGUCUGUCUGUCUGUCCGCAUCAGGUCUCCUCGCGUAUCUAGACUUGACGCCCCGCCAAACAACACAAAGCGCGACAAUUCGUCCACUAAUGUAAUAAUAUUUUGUAAUCUGUGUCCUGAGAGAGAGAGAGAGAGAGAGAGAGAGAGAGAGAGAGAGAGAGAGAGAGAGAGAGAGAGAGAGAGAGAGAGAGAGAGUUACACUAGCCGCACCUUUAUCAGUAACAGCAGCCUUAGGUAACGUAUCAAAUUCUACUAAGUCCUUUUUUUCUUUUACACAACAGUCCUUUCCUCAAGUUAAUUUUUUUUUUCUAUCCUCUUGUUUCUCAUUCCCUCCCUUUUUUUUCCCCCGAGCCACACCCAUCCACGUUAUCCCUUCUUCUACUCAUUUCAUUCAAUUUCCUCCUAUUUCUCAUUCCCUCCUUUUCCUUUUCAAAAACAUCUCAAACUUCGCUGCUUCUUUCAUUUUAUCUCCUAAUCGUGAUACCCUCCUUUUCUUCUUAAAAACACACGACAAACUUUAUUCAUUCUCUCUGCAUUCCAUUGUCUUCUACCUCUCAUUCCCUCCUUUUUUUUUUCCUUUUGAAAUAAUCCACAAACACUCUCCUAUCAUCCUCUCCUUUUCCCUUUUUUAAUUCAUUCAUCCCCCUCACCAACCAACACAC